AUGAAUUUCAUCCGCAAAAUCAGCCGCGUGGUCAAAGAAAAGGCUCAGAUCCACAAAGAUGAGGUCCUCCUGCAUGCCGAGACGCACGUGCGCGUCGUCACGGAGUCCACCACUAAUCUAGGGAAUGAGGUCAUUUCGAGGGCCGAGCCCAAGGCAAGCGUUGUCAAGGAGUCCUUGAUGGGUCUAACCAAUAUUACGAACAGAGUAAUGUCUAGUAUUGAGCCCUUUCAGCUGAUGGGGCGGGUGAUCCCUAAGCUGAAGGCCUCAAUGGCCGCCAUUGACAAAUUCAAGAAGUCACGCUCCAUUGCCAAGGGCCGCAUCUGGAAGCAACGUCACGCCGAGAGUAAGAGGAAGCUGAAAGUCUUUCUUACCCGUCAGGAGGACGUUGAGGAGUUUGAGCGCCGCGAAGCCGAACGUAAUACUAGGCGGUGGCGUCUACAGGAGCAACAAGAGGCCCAGCGUCGUGAGGAACACGCCGCAUGGCUCAAGAGCAGACCUGCUCGCCCCGUUACCCCGUCUGCUUCAAAAUCACCCGAGAAAGUGGCGGAAACGCCAGUCGUGACAGAGACUCCUGAGGAGCGCCAGAGGUUUAUCAAUGAUAGACUGACGGUUAUCCUGGGCGAGGAGCGCAUGCAGGAGCCAGCCUUCCUCCCAUCUGGCAACAACCCUCUUGACCCUGCCAUUGUUGAGCUCAACACGCAGCAGUUCCAGAAUACUGUGCUCAACGAGUGGGAGGCGUACAAGGCUGCACAGAUCCGCGAGGCCGAGGAGAUUGAAGCUAACCAACGACAGAUCGAAGCCAACCGACAGCAGAUCAUAGCCAAAGUCCUCUACUACCGUGAGCGGUACCUAGUACGUUUGGAGAAGCUUGUCUCGUACGGCCCUCAGCUCGACACAGCCAUCACUCUCUUCGGACAAGUCUUGCUGCCUUACAACGAGCAGGACGCUGCAGCAGUUGUCUACACCAUCACAUGGGAACUGCUAAACCCCAUCCAGGACCUCCUCAACGAACGCGCCAAGGAGAUGCCCCUGGAAGAAGUCGGCGCGCAGGAGCUGCAGAACGCGUGGCCCAUGAACCGCAUGGACUUGCUAUUCGACUUUCUCAACCGCCAGGCCCAUGUUCUACCUGAAGUCGCAGACAUGGGUCAUCGCCUCAAAGCUGUCAUGCAGGCCGUUUAUAAUCCAACUCCGUUUGACGACCCUCUGGCCUCCAAGCCAGCCGGCUUCGACCUGAAGGCGUUCAACGAGGCUAUGCAGCGUUUACAAGAUGAGCAAUUUAGGAAACGCUUCGAAGCCAGUUGUCCCCCACCCUAUGGCAUCCCCACCGUACCCACACACAGCAGCCCCAAGACGGCCCUCGAAAUCAGCAUCGCGCGCACCGCCGUCCUGAGUCAUGCCCUCUUCAUGGCCAGUAGAUUCGAGGACUGCGCAACUUACUUGGUCAGAAAUGUAGACGGCAGGGUCGAUCCGCCCCGCCGCGAUAGAAUGCUCAGAUACCUCGCUGAGAUCCUUAAAGAAGCGAAUGGCUGCAAGGGUCUCCUGCGGCGGCGCCAGGGUGAGGUUUAUCAUAAUUCGUUGGAGAUUAUGCGCGGGCAGUUGAGUGCGCUGACGGAUCAUGAGAAACAGCAUAGGGAGACUGCUAAGCUGUUAGAGAAGGUCGAUGCUGUGUGGAGGCUUUGGACGUAG